CCCACCAGAAACUCACCACUACCUCUCUUUCUCACACCCAAGAAAGCAAAAAUCUUCUUAAAGUAAAUACCAAAUGAAGGCAAAACACAUUUCAGUCUUCACCCUUCUGGUACUUCUUCUGGCGGAAGCAGAGGUUUCAAUGGCGGUCACCUGCACACCCACCCAGCUAAGCUCUUGUGUCAGUGCAAUCACAUCUUCUUCUCCACCAACCAAGCUCUGCUGCACCAAGAUCAGAGAACAGAGGCCUUGUCUUUGCCAGUACAUGAAGAAUCAAACUCUCAGGAAAUUCAUUAACACACCAAAUGCCAAACGAGUUGCCAAAACUUGUGGCACACCCUUCCCCACCUGCUAAGACUUAAAUCACUUAUAUAUUUAUAUAUGUAAGCUAUUUUCACGUCUGUUUCUCUACAUUUACAUGUGUUUCUUACAUAUACUCUGUUGGGUGGGAGAUUACAUAGUUGUUAAUUUAUAUUAUACAUAUAUAUAGAGCUCUGUCUGGUGUGAGAUUGAUGCCAUGUUAUGGUAGUUUCUGUAAUGGGUCUGAAGUGUCUUUCCUGUUCCGGUCUUCUCUGGUGUGAUUUUCAUCAUGUUCUAAUUGUUGCAAGCUCAGUACUGUAAUGGAAAUCAAUGUUGGAUAUUAGCAUAA